AGUGACGUCACGGUUUUAAGCAAACCAAUGGGCUUCUUCUCAGCUCUUUUUGCCGCGCCGAGCUGUACGGGUUGGUGGGUGUGAGACACUACCGGGCUUCCAGACAUAAUCGACGAUAUUCAACGAAAAUGAUACAAACUGAACCCUGUAUACUUCAUUAGAUCAGUGAAACGGUGGGAUUUUCUAGCUAACUUACAACGGCUGUUUCCAAAGCUAACCAACAACCGACGGCUCGUUCACAGAACACAUGUUUCUUUGUGUAGCCAAGUAGUCUCCCCGUGCUAUCGGCGGCGGCCCGACGUUAUGGAUCCCGGCGGAAGUGAACUGGACUCCAGCAUACCCCAGCCGGAGAACCCGUGUCUCAUCGUGGAGGACUCGCAGCCGGACAGCGUCGCCUUGGAAGACGACCCCGAGAGCAGCUACCGAGCUGUGCUGGCCCGGCGUCUAUCAAACCUUCAGCCGAGCGGCUGUAGCCCUGUCCUGGAGUUGAUAUCGUCACCCCCAGGAAGUAGAGCCUCUCAGACUGAUAGCCAAUCAGAGAACUACCACAGCAACGGUCAGGCUGGUCCUGGCAUUGUUGCCCUGCCCAACCACAGUUCAGAAUGCCAAGAAGAGAGUCAAGAAGAAGAGAGUCAAGUUUUCAUCUUUAAUCCCCCUCUAAACAAACUAAAGGGUAAUUUGCCAAUUGAUUCUGAUUCCACAACACCCUGUGAUCCAGCUGAAGAUGGAAACUCGCAGUUUGGUUUCCUAGCGCUUUCUCAGAGUCAAGAUCUUGUUAUUGAUGAAGUGAACAGUCAGAAGGGAGAUGAGUGUGAAAAGUCCGCAGUAGUAGUUGAGACACACUCCAAAUUAGGUAUUAGCAUCGUAACGUCACAGGAUCUGCUACGCAAAGUAGUCAGAUCUGAGGUGAGCUCCAGCAGCCAGUCAGGUCAAACACUGAAUGUUCAGGUGCUACUGCACUCACAGCGUCUCCAGGACACUGAUGAGGUAGAACAGCGGGACCAUGAAGUAAUUUCAUCUCAGCAGGACAUGUUUGAUACUGACAAGACAGGGGCGACAGUGGACAGUACUGUGUCUGAGCCAGAGCAACAAGGUCGCCCUACCUCAACACCAGCCCACACUCUGCAGCUCCUGCAUCUUUCUGGACAGAGAACAUUAGCGCAACAGAGUUUAUCCCAAAGCUCCGUUGAUUAUGUCGGCCCAACUCCAGACAACUUUCCCAACACUCCUUUGAUUAUCCCUAACUCACCAACUGUAGCAGACAGCCAACAUGGUGCUGAUGAUCCUAUGGAUACCUGCCAGCCUCCAGAAGACCCGGAGAAGGAAAAAGUGCAAAUGGAAACAAAGGCCUCUUCCAAAAUGGCACCUCCCACCUCAAAUCCUGUAUCUCAGAGUUCUCCUGGUUUUGUGUUAGAGAAGCCACUCUCUUUACCCUCACAGCCUGAGUUCUCACACGAUGUGUUUGUCCCAACACUCAGUCAGGAGACUCCACAACCAUCUAAUAACAAGAGCCAGUCCUUGUCUCUCAAGUCUGCUCACCAAGAAUCGCCUGCUGCUUUCUCCUUGCCUUUACAGCUCUCUGUGAACAUAGACAACACCAACUCUGCUCAAGAACUUUCUGAAGAGAUUUUAGAGGAAUCCCAGGAUACACAGAUAGAAGAAUUGGAAGAGCAGCAGCCUAGAGUAGAUACUACUGACAAAGUGUUUCCACGCCCUGAUCAGAGAAGCGAGUGCAACGGCAUUCAAACUAAAUCACAAAGUGCUAACAGUCCCAAACCUUGUAGUCCAAGUCCUUUUUCGAAUGUACCUAACUUGAAUGCAAAAGUCUGUGUGUCUGAUAACAAAGUGGCAAGUCCUAGGAAUGUAUUUUGUUCCCAAUCCAAGCAAGAACCUUCAGAUAUGAAUCCCAACAUUUCUCCGUGUGAGACUCCCUCAGACGUGACGCCAUGCAGUCUGGGCUCGCAGUCAGUGAUCUCCCAUAUGUCUGUCUUGGAGCCUGCAAAGGGUAACAUGAAUGCAAAAGAGAGUGUAAAAAGUCAGUCAAGGCCACUGUCCCAGAACUUUGAAUCCAUUCAUAGUAACACAACCAAAGUAGAAAUUCGUAAAGCUGCAGAAGUUGAAGAAGCAGCCUCAGAGAAAGAGGACGUAGCGAUGGACCAAGAAAGCAAUGUGGAAGGCGGUGUUAAGAGUAUAAAUUUAGUUCUGUCUCAAAGCGAGCUAAUGUCUUCCGGAGAUAAGGAAAAGAUGAUAAGUGCAGAUGGAGAAAAAAAUGUUGUCAGGGUUGCAGAGAGCAAUGGAGACUUGAAAGCUCCUCCUAAAACUAUGUCACAACUGUCAAAAGACCCAAGUUCCUGUUCAAACACUGGCAAUGUUUCUACGUCCACGGAUGGCCAUAAGACAAUGGUGCAAGAAGCAGAGGGACACAAAGAUAAGAGCUUAAGUGAUAGCUCAGGAGAGAUGUCCUUCCAUUUCACACUACCUAAGGAUGGUGAAUUGAUUGGUCCAGUUGUUGGAGUAACACCCCCUCUAAUUAACGAGCUGAAGAGGACGCUCAGACACAGCACUCCCAUCGAGACUUUUGGUGAGAAGUCAGAGGCUGCCGCUAGUUCUGAUGUAGUUAUGGUAGCCAAAGACAACGUUCCAGAAGUUAGGGGGGACGACUCAGCAGAGAUGGGGGACAAUAGGCUGAGUUUGAGAAUGAAGUUAGUGACCCCGGUUGAAGAGGGUAGCUCAGAACACUUCAGUCUGCAGAAACCAGCAAUAUCAGAAGAGGAUGAAUCUGUUGCAAAUGUCACCAAUGUUGCCAAGGCUGAAACCAGUCCGUCAGUGUUCAGUCGUGUCAGGCAAGUGCACAGACAGAAGGAAGCAGAGGAUGAAGAUGGCUGUCUGACUGAAGGCUUAAACAUACCUGUUCGGGGACAGCUGUUCACCUCCCCAUUAAGAAGCUCCCAGACUUCAUCAAUAGAAUGUAACAGCCUACUUAAUAGCCAGUCAGAGCCUUUACAACAGGAAAUGGAAAUGCCACAGAAGGCUCCAAAAGAAAGGCAAGCUGAGCCAACUGAAGAGGGGCAAGCACCAGAGCUGUCUGUUCCACAGCAGAAGGACUCGUCUGAGGAGACAGACAGCACUAUUGCUGCUAGCCCUUCUGACAAGCGGUCGACUCCUCAGAAAACCAGCUAUGCUACACCUAUGCAGUGUUCGCCCACUGGGAAGGGCGAACCAGAGACCCCACCUUUUCGAAGGACCUCUGGCCCCUCCCACCGCAGACACGUGCGCACCAUCCAGGAAGUGCGGACGACCAUCACGCGAAUCAUUACAGAUGUUUAUUAUGAGGAUGGCAAAGAGGUGGAUCGCAAAGUCACCGAGGAGAGCGAGGACCCAGUUGUGGACUGUCAUGUGUUGGACAGUGACAUUUCCCCGUGCCGCACAAUCAGCAGCUCACUGACUUCUGGAGAUCUUGGUGACAUUAGCUCCAUGUCAUCCAAGGCCUCCAGCCUGCAACAAAGUUCUGGAGGAGCGAGUUGCACCAGUGCUGGUCCAUCCAGGCCAGAAUUCAUCAUGCCGCCUAGCCGAAGAAACAAAUCUGUCAGUCCCAAAAAGGGAAGCAAUCAAAAACGGAAGGGUCAUAGGGGUCAAAAGGCAGGGUCAGUGGUCACAAAAGACUGUGGUAACGGUACCCUCAAGUCCGAGGAUUUAGCUCCAAGUACCUCAAGAGGACAGGCUAAACGUGGACGGCCCUCGUCCAGGGCUGGAGGUUCUAGUUCACUUUUGCGGCUCAGCGCUCAAGAUCAACCUAUGUCCUCUUCAGAGGAUGAAACUUACACCCACAUACCGCCCCCACGCGUGCCCGUCAUCCCCACAGAUAAUGAGGUCCCAUGCCACUCCAGCUCCCUCCGGUCAUCCCCAGAGGAAGCGAGCUCUGCUGGAGGUAGCUUUGUGGGACUUCGAGUCGUAGCCAAGUGGUUUUCCAAUGGCUACUUCUACUCUGGCCGCAUAAUCAAGGAUCCCGGAGAGGGGAGAUUCCGGCUGCGAUUUGACGAUGGCUAUGAGUGUGAGGUGGCGGGAAAAGAUAUUCUGCUAUGUGAUCCCAUUCCCUUGGAGACUGAGGUCACUGCUUUAGUGGAAGAUGAAUUUUUCAGCGUAGGUGUCAUCAAGGGUUAUAAAACAGAAGGUCAAGACCUCUUCUAUAGUGUAGAAAGGGAUGGCCAAAGGCAGUGGUAUAACAGGACAUCAGUCAUCCUCUCACUUGAGCAGGGAAACAAACUAAGGGAACACCACAGCCUUGGUCCCUAUGAGCCUUCCACGCUCCUGGCAAAGGCCUCUGACAUCAGCCUAGAUAACUUGGUGGAGGGCAAAAGGCGCCGCAGAGGAGCUUCCACUGGCUUGAGUACUCUUAACCACAGUUCCUCCAGCAGCCCAGGCCCUUCCAAGAGAAGGCUUAGGAGCAUGGAUAAUGAGAGCUCGCCGGCCAAAAGGAGCCGCCGCGUUCCUGCCGCCAAAGCGGCACAGCGGGUCGGUGUUUGCAACACCUCUGGUAGCGGUACGGAUCUUGCCCUCCAGCCGUGCGAUCUGGCAGAGACUCACGGCCCGAUGCCCCAGAAUGCAUCUCUCUUCAUGGGAUUCGCCUUCAUGCUGACGGUCUCGUCAGAGAGUGACCGGCUGAGCAAUAAGAUCACAAGUGACAAUGAGGAAGAGGAUUAUGUGCAGACUGGCCCAUUUAACAAAGUGUACACCGAGUCACAGCUACAGGCGGGUGGAGGCUUUGUCCUGCCGGACUUCAAUGAAGAACAGUGCAAGGCGGCCUACCAAAGUCUUCUCAUCGUCGACCAGCAUUGUCGUACCAGGAAGUACUUGCUGUGCUUGGCCAGCGGCGUGCCAUGUGUCUCGCAUCUCUGGGUGCGAGACUGUUGCAAAGACAACAAACUGCUCAACUACAGGAACUAUCUACUUCCUGCCGGUUUGGGACCAGACGAUGCCAUUGUGGAAUGGCACCCCCACUGCAGUCCUUUUAAGGACUUGCAUUUUUUCCUGGUGUUUGAGACGCCAAUGGAGCUUUGGGCCCAGCUCGCCACCUUGGGUGGCGCUUCUUCCGUCCGACAUUUUCACGCUGACAAGGAAAGCUCCGAUGUCCCAGCAGGCAAGUAUGAUGUUGUAGUCUCAGACCAUUCAUGCCCGCCACUGAUCGAGAAAAACGUGGCAUCACUUGAACUCCCGCUGGUGUCUCCUGAGUGGCUCAUCCAGAGUGUCAUCUGUGGGGAACGCCUCGGUUUCCAGAGCAAGCCUGAGUAUCGCCACAACUAUUAUUCCUUGACUUUGUCCUCCUCAUCAUAAUAGGCCAGAUGUGCGCAAACUGCCUUCAACACUGUUCAUGAUUCAGCAUUUGUUCUGUUGCAUGCGUUUACUGUAUAUAACUUCAUUCUGUGUUUUUACGGAAGAAUUGUGAUUGUUUCACUUUAAAGGAUUGUUUUAUUUUUGACAACUUCAUUCUGUUUUUAUGGAAGAAUAAAUCGUGAUUCCUGUUUCACUUUAAAGGAUUGUUUUAUUUUUGACACAAAAAUGUUAAACGCAACAAGGUUUUGAUAUAUUUAUAUUUUAUACAAAAAAUCUACUCUAGUCUAGAAAGGUUUGAGCAAACUGACUGCCAAAGUUACCCUAAUGAACUAAGGCAGUGGUGUCCAAACUAUUCCACAUAGGGCCGCAGUGGAUGCUGGAUUUCAUUCCUACAAAACAAGAUGACAUCUUUUCACCAAUCUGGUGUCGCACAAGUGUAAUCAGUUGAUUACAGUCAGGUGCUGCUUGUUUUAGCACAAACUUCAUUGGUUAAACUCUGUGCUCGAUUGGUAGGAUCAAAAACCAGGACCCACAGCGGCUCUUGCGGACAGGUUUGGACACCCAUGAACUAAGGGAAUGACUGAGCCAUACAUAAGGUGGAGCAUGGCAGCCCCAUCAAAAAUAGAAGUUGGCCUAGGUGCAAAGGUUUCCCCUAUGAAACCGCUAAUUACCUUAAUACUUACACAAAACCCUUACACAUCUAAAAUUGAAGUGUGUGUGUGAUACGCAUAAGGUGACAAAGUUAAUAAUUUAUUUUAAACUUACACAUUUAAUAUUGUUAAAAUUUAGUGCUGCAACGAUUAACUCGAGUACGGUAUUUUUCUGACUUUAAGUCGCACCUGAGUAGAAGUCGCGUUUUGGGGGAAAUUUGCUUGAUAAAAUCCAAAACGCGAACGUGGUCGGUAUAUUAAUUAAUGUAACAUAGCUAUUAAGUUAUUCAGAUAACUAUAGCAUAAAAAACAUGUGAACAAGUUUACCAAACCAUCAGUGUCACUCCAAAACACCAAAACAACGUUAAAUGAUAUGUGUGAAAUUAUUAACACAUUUUUAUAAGUCGCUCCUGAGUCACACCCAAGGUCAAACUAUGGAGAAGAAAAAAAAAAAAUGGGACUUAUAGUCCGAAAAACACGGUAAUUCGAUUACAGAAAAGCUUCAAAUCAAGUUUUGCAGCUUCGGGCUAUUUAUUUUUAUUGAUUUGGGUGGAUACACUGCCCUCUAGUUGCAACAGUGAAUAUGACAUUAAAUAUGACUGAAUCCAGCUGCUCCCUGUUAAGACCUUUUUUUUUUUUUUUUUUUUUUUAAUGGAUUCAUAAUUUGGUUUGUAGGUAUAUUUAGCUGAUUUUGUAGGAACAGGUGUUUAAAUUAAACGAUUUGUUAAGGGGAUUGUAAAAUUUUAAAAAAUCGUUUUAUAGCAUUUAAGCUAGCGGACCUUUGCUAUGGAAGUUAGCCAAUUGUUCUUUUGUUGUACUUAGAGCCUCAUUUAUUUAAUUUUUAAGACCAUUUGAGGCUAAGCUCCGGUAUUUUUAUUUUUUAAAUGAAAGUGCAAUUCUGCAUAGUUUUAAGAAACACUCGGAAAUUUUGUGUUCCGAUUCAAUGCUCUUUUGAAAGUGCAAUCUUUGCAAGCCAUUGUUUUACAUCUAGUUGAUACAUGAAUCGACUACUAAAAAAUUCGAUAGCUGCAGCCCUAAUUGUAGCACUGUUUAAUAUUGUA